AUGAAAACCAAAGGGAGGACAGCAGAUGCGUCUGAAUCAAAGAGAAAAGCGAAGAACUCUGGUCCAACUCUCUCCAAAAAACUACGAGACAAGAAAAAUGGAGAAACAUCCAAACCAGGGCCUCCUCUGAAGUCUGCAGGGCCUCCUCUGAAGUCUGCAGGAGUCCAGAGGAGAGGAGGGCAUGGCAGCAUCCUGCACUACAUUUACAAAAGCACUCUGGGACAAAGUCUUCACUCUCAGAUGAGACAGUGUCUCCAGGAGCCUUUCGUUCGCUCCUUGUCAUCCUAUCAUUUCCACGGAGCCACCAGUCCCUUCGACCGCAGAAUCACCUGUCUGGAGUGGCAUCCCACUCACCCCACCACGCUGGCUGUGGCAUCCAAAGGUGGAGACAUGUUUCUGUGGGACUACGAGAUGCCAGCAAAGCAGACUUUUAUUCAAGGGAACGGAGCCGGGGACUUUAUCGGGGGGAUGAAGUUUUGCCCUACGGACCUCUCUAGAGUCUAUGUGGCAUCUGGCGAGGGCAGAUUGACCGUGCAGAGCUUUGAUGGCCGCACUCCCACCGUUCUGUCCACAACUCAAGAUUGUGGCCACGAUCACCACAAUGUUUGUUACUGGUACUGCUGUGUAGACGUGUCUGUGAGCCGACAGAUGCUUGUAACAGGAGACAAUACGGGACAGCUCUCACUCCUGGGUUUGGAUGGCCAAAAGAUUUUCAGUGAAAAGUUGCACAAAGCCAAAGUGACCCACGCAGAGUUCAACACCCGUUGUGAUUGGUUACUGGUGACGGCCUCAGUCGACCACACAGUGAAGCUUUGGGACUUGAGGAACAUUAAAGAUAAGAAGAGCUUCCUCCAUGACAUGCCUCAUGAGAAAGCUGUCAACUCAGCUUAUUUUAAUCCAGUGGACUGCUCCAAGUUGCUCACAACAGAUCAAUACGACCAGAUCCGGGUCUACUCGUCCUCAGAUUGGUCGAAGCCUCAACAGAUCAUCCAACAUCCACACAGACAGUUUCAGCAUCUCACACCCAUCAAGGCUACAUGGCAUCCUGUGUAUGACCUUAUUGUGGUGGGCCGUUACCCAGACUACCGGGUUUGCACCGGUGAUCAGAAGACCGUUGACAUCUAUGACUCCAACACAGCAGAGCUUGUGUGUCAGCUGCAAGAUCCGAGCGCUUCAGGAAUCAAAUCUAUCAACAAAUUCAAUCCAAUGGGUGAUGUGAUUGGAUGCGGAAUGGGUGUAACGGCGCUCGUUUGGGAUAGAAACGAGUCAUUGAUUGGCGAUGGAGAUGAACUGCAGGAGGAAACCUCUGUGUCAGUGGACAGUUUGAGAAGCAAGCGGAGGGGUCAGCAGCGGCCCGCCAGGAACAGGAGAGGCCCUGCUGUGGAUGUAAAGCUCAUGAAAAAACUGGCUUCUCUGGAAGAAUCAGAGACCAAAACUAAGACCAAGACUGGGUGUACUAAACAAAAACAAGCCCAGAUGAGGAAAAAGUGAACUGUAUAAUCCUUGUGUAUAUAUUCUUUUGUCUACUGUUCGAUGUGUCUCUAACUUCAGGGAUUGUUUGAAUGUUAAAAA